AUGAAAACGAUACCAUGGCGUCCUUGGGCUCUCGGGAUCUUCCUGGGUACCGGUCUCUCUAGCGCAGAGCAGUGCCGUCUUCAAUAUAAACAAUCAUCGACGGUAUCCACUGGAGUAGAUGUCAUACCACACAGCAGCGGUGCCUCGAUGCCCCUGCCAACAACAGCGACACAGUCUGGAUCGACAUCCACGGCAUCAGCGAUCCCGUUUGACUACGGGAAUGAAACAAUACGUGGGGUAAACUUAGGCGGAUGGUUUGUUCUGGAGCCUUGGAUAACUCCUAGUAUAUUUCAGAACACGAACAACGACGAUAUUAUCGACGAAUAUACUUUUGGGAGCUUGCAAGACUAUGACCAAGCCCUUGCUGUCUUGAAGGAACACUGGGACACGUGGAUAACCGAAGACGACUUCGCUGCCAUCAAUGCUGCUGGAUUAAAUCAUGUUCGUAUUCCACUAGGUUACUGGUCUAUCCCCAUGACAUCCUCGGACACCAACAGCGGCACGUCUGUCUCGCCUUAUAUUCCUGGCGCGUGGCAAUAUCUUCUACGCGCACUCAACUGGGCAAAGACUCACGACGUUCACGUCAUCCUGGAUCUCCACGGUGCCCCAGGGUCACAGAAUGGCUACGACAACUCGGGACAGCGCACGUCCAACCCACAGUGGGGAUCAAACGCCACGGACGUUGCUCGUACCGUCGAUACGGUAAAGUACAUCGCCCAACACAUCGGUGGGAUGAUCGACGUGCUUGAACUGCUGAAUGAGGCAGCCGGGUUCACUUCUAGCAACUGGGCUGCAGUCAUCAGGCAAUUCUUCCAAGAUGGGUAUGGUUCCGUGAGGGAGGUGGCACCCAGUGGCAUGAAAAUCAUGAUUGGUGACGCAUUCCUCACUGUAGACGAAUGGACGAAUUUCCUUACCCCACCGAAUAGCACCGGGGUGCUGAUGGACUAUCACGAGUAUCAGAUAUUUAGUGAUGAUGAACUUUCACGAUCUCUUGACGAGCACGUAUCCUUCGCGUGUACUCACAUCCCCGAUCUCACCUCUUUUGCCCAAUCCAAUCUGUGGACAGUGCUGGGUGAAUGGUCGAACGCACCCACAGACUGUGCUCUGUGGUUGAACGGGAGGGGCGUUGGUGCACGAUGGGAUGGCACGUUUGCUGUAAACUCCCAGUACUUUGGGUCUUGCAAUGGGUGGACGGGAAGUUCGAGCAGCUUUUCGGAUGAUUACAAGUCUUUUUUGAGGAAGUAUUGGGAAGUACAAGUCGAGGUUGGAGAAGCUGUACAAGGAUGGGUAUUCUGGACGUGGAAGGCCGAGAACGCUGAUGAAUGGAGCUAUCAGAAGGGGCUUGAAGGCGGAUGGAUUCCUACCGAUCCUACAAAUAGACUAUACCCGAACAUUUGCUCGUAG